AUGGCCGUGUCUCGCGCUCAGACGCCGGCUGACACAUGAGCAGGACUCCGCUCCAUCACCGCACCGCCGCGAGCCGCGCGCCUCACGCACCCCGCAAGGAUUACACCGACGCACAUCUACUGAUGAAGCCUUGAUGUAAAAGACGAGACCGUGUCAAGAGAGAAAGUCAACCGCGAAGAGAAGACGUCGACUCUGGUGCCUUUGGUGGCCUCCCUCUGUGAACUCGGGACUCCAUCCUGCGACGCUCCGUCUGACGCCCACUGGGAGGCCCGGAGUCGCCUUUGAAGGCCUCAGGUGUGACGCUGGUCAGCGGCGGCUCAGAGAUGAAGACAUGUGUGUUUCUGGCAGCUCUGCUGCUUCCCAGCAUCCAAGCCGCGUGUCCGGAUAAGGAGCCAGGCCUGCAGCCAUGGAUGCCGGGACACAGUGAAGACCAUCGCGUUACCAUCGGUUACGGCCGGAAAGUCCUCCUCACGACCUCCGCCACGGUCCACUCCAUCGAGAUUCUGAACGGAGGAAAGCUGGUGAUUGCUGACACCAGCCGGCCCAUACUGCUCCGGACCAAACACAUCCUGAUUGGGAACAAGGGAGAGCUGCACAUCGGAAGCCCAGAUUGUCCUUAUAAAGGCAAUCUCACCAUCUCCCUGUUUGGAAGACUGGACGACAGCGAUGAGGAGCAUGGCUACUUUGGCAGGAAGUACCUCGGCGUGGGGACGGGAGGAACCCUGGAGAUCCACGGCCAGCAGAAGCUGUCGUGGACAUUCCUCAACAAGACUCUUCACCCCGGAGAGAGCAACCAAAACAACUACCUGUUCCAGAGAAGCUGGGGCAACCGAGGCAUCAUUAUCCAUGUGAUCGACCCCAAGACCGGAGAGGUGCUCUACGAUGACAGGUUCGACACAUACCGGAGCAAGAAUGAAAGCCACCGUCUGGCAAAGUAUGUGGACGGCAUCGAGGAGGGGCUCAUCCUGGCCAUGGUGGUCAACGACGAGGGCUCCAACAACCUAGAGGACUCGGCCAAGAAGAGCCUGACCAGGCUGGGCAGCAAACACAUCAGCAGUCUGGGAUUUCGACAUCCCUGGACCUUUAUAGUGACAAAAGGCGACGCGUCUUCUGCUGUGGAGGAUCACGCCAUCUAUCAAGGGACCAAAGCUUCCUCAGAGGCCCGCAGCGCCCAUGAUUUCAAGUCAAGCUUUGGGGAGCAUUUUACCAUUACCACCAGCAGCCAAUGGGUGCAAGAGGCGGAGUGGUCCGACUGGUUCGACCGGGAUGAUGAAAGAGGGUCUGGGGACUGGGAGAAGCUGUCGGACCUCCACCAGGCCUAUCCAGACCGGCUGUGCAGCAGCCCGCUCGAUAUCCAGGCUGAAACCCACGACGGCAUCCCGUCCAAUCAGACAGGAGACGUGAUCUACAAGAACGACAAGGACUACGGCUUUGUGUGCCUCAACAAGGACCAGGCGCAUGGCAUGUGUCACAACUACCGGGUCCGCUUCCUCUGCGGAAAGCUGGUCCGUCCUCAGGCCUCCAUUUCCAUCGACAUCCUGUCGAACAGCAGCGUCCUGGAGCUGGACGAGCAGCCGGCAGGGUGGAGGCCCGGGGACCGGGUGGUGGUGGCCAGCACGGACUACUCCAUGCACCAGGCGGAGGAGUUCACCCUGCUGCCCUGUCCUACCUGCUCCCCCCAUCAGGUCAAGGUCAAAGGGAAGGCUCAGUUCAUCCACAUGGGCGAGGAGGUGGACGGGGUGGACAUGAGGGCGGAGGUGGGCCUGCUGAGUCGGAACAUCCUUCUCCGAGGGGAGAUGCAGCCCGGUUGCUACGGAAACGAGGCCUGCAAGUUCUUCCAGUUCGACACUUUCGGAGGACACCUGAAGGUGGAGCGGGGCUUCAAGGCGGUGCACAUCUCGGGCGUGGAGCUGCAGCACAUGGGCCAGCAGACCAUGGGACACUACCCGGUCCACUUCCACAUGAACGGAGACGUGGACCGCCGGGGGGGCUACGACCCGCCCACCUUCGUCAGCGAUCUGUCCAUCCACCACUCCUUCUCCCGCUGCGUCACCAUCCACGGCUCCAACGGCCUGCUGGUGAAGAACGUGGUGGGCUACGACACGCUCGGCCACUGCUACUUCACGGAGGACGGUCCGGAGGAGAGGAACACCUUCGACCACUGCCUGGGCCUGAUGGUGCGGGCGGGGACGCUGCUGCCCUCCGACAGGGACAGCAAGAUGUGCCGAGACAUCACGGACGGGGCGUUUCCAGGAUACGUGGCCAACCCACGACAGGACUGCAGCGCCACUUCAACUUUCUGGAUCGCCAACCCCAAUAACAACCUCAUCAACUGUGCCGCUGCAGGCUCCGAGGAAACUGGAUUCUGGUUUCUCUUCCACCAUGUGCCCACAGGCCCCUCGGAGGGGCUGUACUCCCCCGGGCACACUGAACACACACCUAUGGGGCAGUUCGUCAACAACAGGGCUCAUUCCAACUACAGGGCUGGGAUGAUCCUGGAUAACGGGGUGAAGACGACCCAGGCCAACGACAAGGACAAGAGACCCUUCCUGUCCCUGGUGGGCGCCAGGUACGGCCCUCACCAGGAUGCGGAUCCCUUCAAGCCCAGAGUUCCGGCUCUCGUCCACCACUUCGUGGCCUAUAAGAACCAGGACCACGGCGCCUGGCUGCGGGGCGGGGACGUCUGGCUGGACGACUGCCAAUUUGCUGAUAAUGGCAUUGGCCUCACUUUGGCGAGCGGAGGAACGUUUCCGGACGACGACGGUUCACACCAGCAGGUCAAGAACUCGCUGUUUGUGGGCGAGAGCGAGAACCGCGGGAUGCCGCUGCCGGACAACAGCAUCUGGGGGCCCGGCGGCUCCGACCUGGCGGGCAGGACGCUGCCGCGCGGCGUUGAUUUUCCCAUCCGGGGCAUUCAGAUCUACGACGGGCCGAUCAACGUGCAGAACUGCACCUUCAGGAAGUACACGGCUCUGGACGGACGCCACACCAGCGCCUUCGGCUUCAGGCUCAACAACUCCUGGCAGAGCUGCCCCAACAACAACGUGACCGACAUCACCUUCGACCACGUGCCGAUCACGUCUCGGGUGUUUUUCGGGGAGCCGGGUCCUUGGUUCAGUCAGAUGCAGAUGGAUGGGGACAAGACCACCGUCUUCCACGAUAUUGAUGGCUCUGUCAGCGAGUACCCCGGAGCCUUCCUGGUGAAGGAGGACAACUGGCUGCUCCGUCACCCCGACUGCAUCGACGUGCCCGACUGGAAGGCGGCCAUCUGCAGCGGGAAGUACGCUCAGAUCUACAUCCAGACGCGGAACCCGGCCAACCUGAACAUGUACAUGGCGAGGGACGAGUACCCCGACCGGCCGCUGAUGCUCGAGGGCGCCCUGGGGAAGAGGAAGCACUACCAGCAGUUCCAGCCCGUAGUCACGCUGGCGAAGGGCUACACCGUCCACUGGGACCAGGCGGCGCCGGCGGAGGUCACCAUCUGGCUCAUCAACUUCAACAAAAACGACUGGAUCAACGUGGGCAUCUGCUACCCCAAAGGCACCACCUUCACCAUCCUCUCAGACAUCCACAACCGCCUGACCAAGCAGACCCGCAAGACCGGCGUCUUCAUGAGGACGACUCAGAGAGAGAAGGUCAACCACUCGCACCAGGCCAGGGGCUACUACUACCUGGAGGAGGACACCAGCCUGCUCUUCCUGAAGGUGACGGCCCAUAACGACCGGGAGCAGUUCGCCUUCUGCUCCGUCAAAGGAUGCGAGCGGGUGAAGAUCACGGCCGUCAUCCCGAAGGGAAGCCCGCCCAGCAACUGCCUGGCUCAGGCGUACCCCAGGCACGCCGAGCUGCCCGUCGUAGACGUCCCCAUGCCCAAGAAGAUCCCCAACGCCCGACUGCACACGCCGGAGCACUUCCUGGAGGUCAGGCUGGAGUCGUACAACACUCGCUUCUUCCACAUCAAGGAGGACUUUGCCUUCACUGAGGUGAACGGAAAGAAGCUGUACCAGCCCGAGGACGGCGUCCAGCUGACGGUGAUCGACGGCCACGACGGCAAGGUGGUGGAGAGCAAAAGCUUCAGGAACUCCAUCCUGCAGGGCAUCCCUGCACAGAUAGAUAACUACGUCAGCGGCCUGAGAGACAGUUCCAUUGUCCUGGUGACGUCCAAAGGCCGCCUGGUCACCAGAGGAUCCUGGAUCAAAGCGCUGGAGCGACUCGGAGCUGACAAAGGCAUCAAACUGAAAGAUAAACUGGCCUUCGUGGGUUUCAAAGGCUCCUUCGUCCCGGACUGGGUCCACCUGGAGGUGAGCAGCGACCGAGCCAAGGUCCACCAGGUCCUGCCCGUCCCCGUGGUCCACAAGAUGAAGCUAUGAGCGGCCGGCCGAGCGGGGAGGACAGACAAGUGACUCUAUAAACCCCCCACCCCUCCGAGAGACGCUGAUACAGACACCCCUGACAAACACACACACACACACACACACACACACACACACACACUGCAGAGUCAGCUGCUUCAAGCCAUUGGCCCAAGAUCAAGUGGUGUUUAUUGCAGGUUGGGUGGUGGGAGAAAAAAAUGGUAUGCUUUGGUAAGAUUUUAACAAAAAAAGAGUAGGUGAGGACCCUCCAUCAGAGCCUGCACUGCCCACCAUGAACCCACAGAGGGCGACGGACGAGCCCACGGCGGACCCUCGGACGGAGAUGCUGGAGGCCUCCAGAUCUCCACGGACUUUACCGAUAGCUACGAUAGAUAUGAUUGAUGUUGAUCCUGUUUUUUUGGACAAAACACUAUUGUUGCAUUGCUGAGCGCCAUCGUUACGUUUGCAUAAUGUUAGCUUGCUGGCUGAAGUAACCAUGGGGUUUUUAGUCUAAUAAUCAUCGUUGCUACGCUGUGGAAACUUUAGUUACUCGCUCAGGCUGAGGUGGAGGUGUAAAAUUAAUGACAUCGUCACGAAAACCCUCCGAGGAUUUUUCUGCUCUGAGGUCCUCAGAAUUAGAUUUGCACAUGUCGAAGAGACUCUCGAGUCUGCAGCAGAAGGUGGGAACUGCCCGUCGCUUUUGUUUGUUGGUGUGUCCACCGGUGUUUGUCUUCACUGUAAUGUUUUGGCAAAAUUUGAGAUGUGAGAGGGGGGUCCGCAGCUUUCCUCCAAGGCAAUCUGGGGGUGUGCUGAGGGGAAAAAAAAUGAUAGAGCUGUCAACAAGAAAUCAGAAAAUGAUCAAGUCUGCUCGAUUUUGUGUAAAUCUGAAGUGAGAUGAUGCUCCCAAAUGGUUUUAUUGGUGAGGAUGGACACCAUGCACUCUGGGUGUUUGAGAAGCCAGUGCAACUAUUAUUUCACCUUCAAAAGCACAAACAGGUCCAAAAGGAUGAAAAAGAACUAAGAGGAUUAAACUGCAAAUUUUAUGUCGGCAUUCUGGUUCCAUUACAGGACGGUUGGUACAUUUUCCACAUGACUGUGUCCAGGAGGCUUAGUUAGAGUUCAUCCAAGGAUUUAGUGGAGUUCUGUGGUUUCUCUUCCUCUGAUUCUCAGUUCUGUCUGUUUGCAGCAGGUUAAAAGUGCAGAAUGCAGGAUAGAAGGUGGGAUUGUCCACAUCCUCUCUCCAUCGGCGUGGAUCAACGGAUCCACGUCGAUGGCUGGUGUUAAAGUGCCAGAUCGUAAAUGAAUGUCCUGUUUGAAAAGGCUCCUGUCUCACUGGGCUGCUGGCAUUUCAUAAAGGAAUCAGAAAAGGAGUUUCUAAAAUGUUCGGUGGGGCAUUUCGAGAUCUUCAGGAUAUUCUCGUAGUUUUUGCCAUUUUGUCAAACCCUGAGUGAGGAUUGGUUUCUGCACUUUUUAUCAAGGAUUGUUAGUGUGUCCUUUACAAAAUGGCCCCAAGCACCAGAAAUUACUCUGAUUCUUGUCCUGCAGGUGAAUUUCCAGCUAAAUUUGAAUUUGUACAGCAUUCAUGCAGCAUGUCUGAAGCACUGCUUCAGUGUGUCGAUGCUGUUUUAUCCCAGUGAGGCAGGAACUUCAUUUACAUUGACAGGUCUGAACUCCGGUUGUGUGAUAUCUCUGUAACACUCUGCUCUCCUGGACCGUCAUGGCUGCAGUUUCUGAGUCAGAUUCUUUCUUUUUUCUACCAGAAGGAGCAAAUUUCUCCAGAAUUCCGAGAGAGCCUUGUCCAGUGUGUAACGUGGAGCGCCCUCCCCAUGCAGGUGUCUGUGAUAGCAGGUUUAGGACCUGAUUGAUUUUCACUGUUGUGGUCAAAAGAAAAAAGAAACAGACAUUCCUUGUUUGGUGCUUUACCUGCUUUGUUUCAUUCCAGGCUCUCAUUCCAUUGUGACCUUUUUUUUUUUUGUUAAUUUGAAAUGAACCAGCAAGGCACCCUGAACUCAAACUGUCCUGAGAAUGUGGAAUCAGGGAGUUUUUAAAUGUGCAAUCCCCCCUCCCUUUGCAUUUCAAAUCUUUGUUCCAAUCUGGCAAUAGGAGGACAAAAAAAAAAAAAAAAAGGACACCCCUUUCUCCUGAUCAUCCUCCUCCUCCUACCCCCCUUUGCCG